CCCCUAUCCAAUCAGGUGACCCAGUGCCACCAACCGGUGCGCGGAGGCGGGCGACGGGUGGUGGCCGGGGGGCUCUGAGGCCACGGGAUGGGGGGGGCGGGCCCCGGAGGGGGCGGAGCAGGGCCCGGGAGCCGAGCAGCUUGGCAACGGCGGUGGCGCCCGGAACCCGAGAGUUUCCAGUAUGGCUUCUGCAUCAGCUCCUAAAUGUAAUUCACACACCUCAGACAAUGAACCUGUUCAGAGUACGUCUCAAGAUGGAGUCAAUUGUGAUCCCAGUGAGGCUGUUCCUCGACUUCCAGGAGAAACACUGAUUACUGACAAAGAAGUUAUUUACAUAUGUCCUUUCAAUGGCCCCAUUAAGGGAAGAGUUUACAUCACAAAUUAUCGUCUUUAUUUGAGAAGUUUGGAAACGGAUUCCACUCUAAUAUUUGAUGUGCCUCUUGGUGUCAUAUCAAGAAUUGAAAAAAUGGGAGGAGCAACAAGUAGAGGAGAAAACUCCUAUGGUCUAGAUAUUACCUGUAAAGACAUGAGAAACCUGAGAUUUGCCUUGAAACAGGAAGGUCACAGCAGACGAGAUAUGUUUGAAAUCCUCACGAAAUAUGCCUUUCCUCUGGCCCACAGCCUGCCACUCUUUGCGUUCUUAAAUGAAGAAAAGUUUAACGUCGAUGGAUGGAUGGUUUAUAAUCCAGUUGAGGAAUAUCGAAGGCAGGGUUUGCCUAAUCACCAGUGGAGAAUAACUUUCAUCAACAAGUGCUAUGAACUCUGUGAGACUUACCCUGCCCUAUUGGUGGUUCCAUACCGGGCCUCAGAUGAUGACCUCAGGAGAGUCGCAGCUUUUAGAUCCCGAAACCGAAUCCCAGUGCUCUCCUGGAUUCAUCCUGAGAACAAAAUGGUCAUCGUGCGCUGCAGCCAGCCUCUUGUUGGUAUGAGUGGCAAACGGAAUAAGGAUGAUGAGAAGUACCUCGACGUCAUCAGGGAGACUAACAGACAGAUUUCUAAGCUCACAAUUUAUGAUGCAAGACCGAGUGUAAAUGCAGUGGCCAACAAGGCAACAGGAGGAGGAUAUGAAAGUGAUGAUGCAUAUCAUAAUGCUGAACUUUUCUUCUUGGACAUUCACAAUAUCCAUGUUAUGCGGGAAUCUUUAAAAAAGGUCAAAGACAUUGUUUAUCCUAAUGUAGAAGAAUCUCAUUGGUUGUCAAGUUUGGAGUCUACUCAUUGGCUUGAACAUAUCAAGCUUGUUUUAACGGGAGCCAUUCAGGUGGCCGACAAAGUUUCUUCAGGGAAGAGCUCGGUGCUUGUGCACUGCAGUGACGGCUGGGACAGGACGGCUCAGUUGACGUCGCUGGCCAUGCUGAUGUUGGACAGCUUCUACAGAAGCAUCGAAGGCUUUGAAAUAUUGGUACAAAAAGAGUGGAUCAGUUUCGGACAUAAGUUUGCGUCUCGUAUAGGUCAUGGUGAUAAAAAUCAUGCUGAUGCUGACCGAUCUCCAAUUUUUCUCCAGUUUGUUGAUUGUGUGUGGCAGAUGUCAAAGCAGUUCCCGACAGCUUUUGAAUUCAACGAGCGAUUCUUAAUUACAAUUCUGGAUCACCUAUAUAGCUGCCGAUUUGGUACUUUCUUACUCAACUGUGAAUCUGCCCGGGAAAAACAGAAAGUUGCAGAAAGAACUGUUUCUUUAUGGUCACUGAUAAAUAGUAAUAAAGAAAAGUUCAAAAACCCUUUCUAUACUAAAGAAAUCAAUCGAGUUUUAUAUCCAGUUGCCAGUAUGCGUCACUUGGAACUCUGGGUGAAUUAUUACAUUAGAUGGAACCCCAGAAUCAAGCAACAGCCCAAUGCAGUGGAGCAGCGGUACAUGGAGCUCCUGGCCCUGCGCGACGAUUACAUCAAGCGGCUGGAGGAGCUGCAGCUCGCCAGCUCUUCCAAGGUUCCCAGCACGUCCACCUCACCCUCCAGCCCUUCGCAAAUGGUGCCUCAUCUACAGACUCACUUCUGACAGCUCAUAAUAAGGACUUGGAGUCUGGGCGUCUGUACAGAGUAGGUUCAAAUGUUUGCCUCUGGGUAGAACUUGAACUAACAAUCUUAAACUCUGGAACAUGUGCCUUCUAGAAUACGUGCAAGAUCAUCACAGUGUCCACAGAGCCAUCAGAAAAAAGGAGCCAAGGGGAGGUUUUAGGAAAACCUGACACCUUUGAAAAGCAAAUUUUCAAAGAUAAAAUUUUAAUUCAGUUGACUUCUAAUGAAGUACUGUGUGUGCAAUAUGUAUUUUGUGGGCUUAAUUGAAACAUUUUAAAUUAAAGGAGGAAAAUAUGUUUGUGGAAUGAAUUUUCCUCGGGCCACUUAAAAUACUGCUUUCGACGAUCUAAAAUGAAUUCAUGUGUGAAAGAUGUGUAUUACUGCCAAAACCAAAUUGAGCUCAGCGUUAUCCAAAAGCAAGACGCUAGGAGAAUUGCCAAUUACCAUGCCGUCAGAGGUGGCAGCGAACAGAGAGCUGGCUGCGUAGGUGAGUUUUUCCUUAUUUUGAAAUGUGGGCAUAUCACUCUGCCCCGUGAUUUUCAAGAGAAGCAUGCUUUUAUAUUGAAAACCAGUGAGACCCAGUUAAGUCUGAUUUGAUUUGUUCGGAAACUCUGCCAGCUGUUUCUCUACCUUCUUUCAUGGGCUUGCCUGAGAGUCGGCAUGGCCUUUGGGUUGCAGCAAAGCCCACGCGUGACUUGCCAAGGAUGUCAGGUAUGUGUUGGCACACAGAAAGCGAGCUUCUGCAGCACCAUCCAGACCCGUGCUGGAGCG